CCGGCAUUCCUUUCAAGCACUUGAACCAGUCUUGCAGCGAAGACUGGUACUGUAUUCCCCAUCGGCCCUUAUCAAGCAACAUUUCUCCGUGUCGAAGAAUUAUUCUCCAAUAUGGCUCUCCUCAACGGGAAUCAGAGUAUAGACGAAUUAUUGCAAAGUGAUAACUUCAAAAAAGGCUUGAAGAAUGCUGAGAUUGUUAUCCAGUACAUCAACAAGAAAUACAUCAGCCUCAAUGAUGCUGACUACACGUCCUAUGCACAUCAUUUGAACAAUGUGCUGACAAUGCUUGUCCAACGCAUGAAAAACAGCAAUCCUCUGUUUAGUACCCUUUAUCAAAGAGAGCACUUUGCUGGUAGCUACGCUGAUGGACUUAAAAUUGGAAAGCCAACUGAAUAUGACAUGAAUUUGAUAAUUAAACUUCCAGUCGACUAUACAAAGCUACAAUUUGAGCCCGGAACUCCUUCAUUUGUGAAGAUUAACGGAAAGGAAGCUUUUGCCAACAUCAGUGGAGCUCCUCUAUCACCUGACUUCUUGCGUUGGGUUGAUGAAGAGGGAUAUCUUCUUCAAACAAAAUUUCGAGAGUGGAUGGAAAGUGUUCUUACAAAGGUCUUUCUAACACUCCCACUAGCUGACUAUUCUGAUCCGAAUACACGCGUCUUGAAGGAUGAAGCAUCUAGCUCCGAGGGAGAGUACAAAAUAAAACACAAAAAAAGUGGGCCAGCAAUGACACUCAAAGUUACUACACCCGAUGGGUGUUUGCUGGAUGUGGAUUUAGUUCCUGCAUUUCAGUUUGGGCAGUCAGUUUGGCCACCUCCUCCAGUUGCUGCUCUGCCUGAGAUCUGCAAAAAAAAGUCUUGGAUGGUUGUGCCUAAGCCAAAAAGAAUAAAGGAGGGUGAGACUCUUGAUAUUAAUGACGCUCGAGAAUGGAGGAUGUCUUUUCUUGACCAAGAAAGAGAACUCCUAUCUGGGUCUGGUACUGUUAAACCUACCAUUAAAUUGUUGAAGAAACUACGUGAUUCCAGCCAAAUAAAGCUGUCAUCAUAUGCCAUCAAAACUGUGGCUUUGUUUGAAAUGAAAAACCAAAGCUCUGAAUUUUGGAGGAAUAGGCAGAUUUAUUUAUUUUUGUUUAUGUUGCACCGUUUGACAGAACAGAUUCGCACUGGACACAUACCAUUUUAUUGGGAUGAAAGAGACGACUUAUUAAAGCUUGAGAAAAGAGUACAUGAAAAUGUAAGCAACCGACUGGCUAAUAUUUUUAAAGAUAUUGUCAAAGUCAUCGAUAAAAAUCCUUACAUCAUUGCAGAAAAACUUUUAAACCCAGAUGAAUGCAAGGAUGUUGAAGACAAUUGCAAAAUUCCAACUGCCGAAAAAUCUAGACCGAGCGUGGCUCUGGCAAUAAAUGAAGCUAUUACCCAAGAUGAAACUGAUGGUGGUGCUGGUAGUAGUGGUGGUAGUAGUAGUGGUGGUGUGAUAACUCCAAAUCAAAUUUAUUGCAAGCUGGAAGAAAUUGCUUUCGGACAGAAGCAAAUGCCACAACAGAUUUUGAGGGCCAUUUUUAGUGGGAGAGAGCCCUUGCAAGGAGCCCACACUAACCAUGAAGAAUGCCAGAAAAAACAAGCUGAGCUCGAGGAACGCAUUGCUGAUCUAGAGGACAAAGUGAAUCUGAUGAUGCGUCAGAUCAAGAGCUUGACCCAGGGGGCAUGACCAAGACUAUGAAGUUGUAAAUAAGUAAAUAUUUCAACAAUUAAAAUAUAUUUCAUUUGAUAAAACUA